AUGACCACUGCGCGCAGCUGCAUCGGGCUAGUUCUAACGGUGUGUGCCCUUGCGGAUGGCGCCAAAUCGAAGGGAUUUCCCAAGGAAAAGUGUUGCGACGAGUGUCCAAAAUGUAGCCACAACUUCGAUGUUGAGGCCCCAAAGGAUCCAAGUUGCAGAAAAGUGUACCACCACAAGUACAGCGUUGAGAAGGUCACCGAGAACUACAAGGAGUCGUUCGAGCGGCUAGACGCGGGCGUCGAGGUUUUACCCAAUCCCGGUUGCAAGAAGUUCUACCGGCACCACUUCGACGUCGAGGAACCGUCUGACUGUGAAGAGGAAGAGUACGAGAAGCUUGACUUUGAAGUGAUGGAAGUGAAGCGCGAUAAGAAGUGUCGCACCGUCAAGCUGAGUGCCCAUGCCGACCAUCCUAGCCGAGAGUGUCAGUGCGGAUGCAGUCAACGUCGACGGUAUGUUCAUAACGAGGAUCUAACUAAUAUUACCCGGCCAAGUGCCUCACCGCAGGAAGGUGGUAGUGAUCGUAACCGGAUCCAGCGUCUCAAGCGAAGCAUCUUAAGUCAGCUGCCCGCAAAGUCCGAUGGAACCUCACAGGAGCCAAAUACGGUACGGUUGUUUCUAAGUCCGCAACCGACUCCAGAGAAGCACCCUUUCCGCGGGAGGAAUCCAUACCUGAAUCGUCUAGUGAACGGUCCACGAUCAAAGCGAAAACACCGUGACCCACCGAUGACAGCACCGCACGCUGAAGGGUUCAUUUGCCACUGCUUUCCGUCGAACCAACAGCCGAAUGGUACCGCCGACGAGUUGGUGGGAGCCACAGUUAAACCGAAGGUCGCCCGGCCCCGGCCGCAGGUGGAAGAACCGGUGUACAUCGGUGAUUCGGCACGGCCGAUCACUUACGAGCAGAUCAAGAAGCAUAUGGACGCACUGCCGGUCUCCACUUUUAGCCCCACGACGAACGAAAUCAUCGGCAAUUUGACCAUUCUGUUCUACGACAUUUACCAGCAGAAGCACAAGAAAAACUUCACCCUUCCGCUGAAGUACGGCACGCGCACCGUCGUCCCGAAGGGUGACGGUCUGCAGCAGUACGACAUCCAACCGAUCGAGGGUGUGUACCAGCCGCCCAAGCUGAACCGGAUCGCGUCGAAGGGACUGCAUAUAAUGGGCCGAAAGGUGGACCGGAAGACUGGCCAGGGACCGCGCGCGAACCGUGUACGCGAUCGAACCUAGUCGGCUGGUGCGUUCCGGUUACGAU